AUGUCGGGGGAAAGUGCUGGAGAGACUAAUCCAACUACACACCCUGACUUUGACUUCAGCGACUCUGAUGUCACCUGCUGCUCCUCUGACAAUAUUCUAUUCAACCUACAUCGAGUCAGACUUGGUACUGCCGCUGGAGUGUUUCCCGGCGCCGAGUUCGAUGCAAAUGGGGAAGUGGUGCAAUUGCAAGAGCCCGGCGAGGUCCUUGAAGUUCUAUUCCAGUUCGUUUAUGCCGAAAAAAUUGGCAAUAUCGAGGAUUUGGAAUUCGACCUCUUAAUGCAGGUGGCGGAGGCGGCAGAAAAGUAUCAAAUGUACGCAGGCAAGGCGAUGUGCGAUUUGAGAUUUCUCAUGUUGAUACCGCGACAAGAUUGCACAAUUCCUAUUCUGGUACAUGCUAUGAAGCACGAUGUCACCAAAUUAAUCGAUGCAAGUGCUCGUCAAGCCUGUCUUUGGCCUGUUAUGAAACUUCUCGCGGGUGGAUAUCCCAUACAUAGCAUUUACCAAUGGGCCUUUUACCUGCAAAAAUGUCACAGGCUAUUGUUUGCGGACGCACAAACCUACCUAGAUAUGCAGAUACACCGCGAUUCUCGUGGAGAAAACCGUCUUGACUUGGAAAGACGUUGUUGUUCCAUGGCUGUCAGUCAUUGGAUGAAUACGACCAUGGAGGGUUUACGGUCCUUGAGCGAUUUCCCAAAGUUUAUUGAAGAUAGCUUCAGGAGGCACCAGGCUGCAAUGCCGUUAUGCAGGGAAGGCCUCAAUGAAUGGGAGUUACCAUGUUGCAAUAUUCUGGACUCUGUCGUGGACUUGAUUAACAGCGGCAUUCAAGAUGUUGACACGGUGUCGUUUUCUUCUAUUUUAUCAGGAAAAAUUCGAUGA